AUGAAUGAAGACGAAACUACCCUCUACGAUCGUCAGAUCCGCCUAUGGGGAGCUGAGGCGCAGCAGAGGAUGUCAUCUGCCCACAUCCUAGUAGAUGGUGUGAAGGCUCUGGCCAACGAAGUACUGAAAACGAUAGUUCUUGCAGGAGUUGGUAGUGUUACAAUCUUAGACCACCACACAGUAGAACCCGCCGACCUCACCGGCACGUUCCUCAGUGAUAAAGCGACCGCUGUAGGGUUAAACCGGGUACAGGCCGCGCUUGGUCGCCUCCAGGAUCUCAACCCGCGCGUGAAGCUGCACGUCGAUACAGAUAUCAUUGACAGCAAAUCAGACGACUAUUUCAAACAGUUCAAUAUUAUAUGCCUCACAGACACUGAAUUAGCCACAGCUAUGCGAGUCAAUCGGAUUGCCAGAGAAGCCGGAGUGUUGUUCUUCUGGGCUGGGUUGCACGGUUACUAUGGAUUCUUCUUUGAAGAUCUUGGCGAUAAUUUUGAAUACAUAUAUGACCAAACGAAGGACCAAGAAACAAAGACGCUCACAGCCACCACAAAGUACCCGUCACUGGAGGAAGCAGUACACACAGACUCAAUUGCGCACAAGCAGUCUAGAAGACAUGUGUUGUCAUGGAUACGCCACGGAGUGUUUGUACUACAUCGGUUUCACAGCGCCAAUGGACGGUGGCCGACAUAUGAGCAAGAAGGGGAUGUUCAGAAGAUGAUUAAAUUGAGGAACGCGUAUGUGGAAGAGAACAAGCUGGACAUUGCAACUAUAACCGAUGCGCAGAUAAGCCACCUAAGCCAGUGCGGCAAUAUCUCAUACGGGCCAGCGGCUGCGAUAGUGGGAGGAGUGCUUGGUCAAGAGAUUCUCAAGGCAAAUUAGUUAGUCGCACUGUGUGAACCCCCGCUCGUGCACAUUCGCACAAUCUCUUUAUGUUAAUGUGUUUCUAUUGCGCCACGGAACGGCGAUCGUGUUUCUGUGUUUGUCGAAGCAGCUGUGUCACAAGAGGUUUGGC